AUGGUGUCUCGCCCAGUUGAUCUUGUCAUUCAACACCUCGCAGUCCAAAUUCGCCCUUGGUAUCAUAACACCUUCAAAAGAUUCCCCAUUCAGGACUAUGUUAGAUUGAUCUACAACGAUGCUCUUACCUUCGACCCAGUCACAAAGAGAGGAGGUUUAAGAGCCAACUUCAGAUACCCAAGUGUAGCUCGCAACCAUCAUAACAGAAGGUUGCAAUUACUUGCAAGUGAACUCGAAUACCUCAAGAAUGCAGUCUGCGAUCCAGAACUUGAUCCAAUGUCAGUUAGUGACUGGGUAACCAGUGCUGCUGUCUUAAUGAUUAAGGAAGCUGAUGGACCAAAUAUUCAAAGGCAGCUGAGUUAUGGAAGAGUUGAUAUCAACAAUGUCAACCAAGUUGGAGACCCAAACAAUAUUCCAAAUGCUUAAAACUACAAAUAGAGCUUGGCUGCUAGAGGAUUCAAUGAUGAGGAAAUUGCAGCAUUAGCUUCAGUUGAAGCACUUGGAUUAGUCUAAGACCCAGCUCACACUGAGCUCUCCUCUCACUUGAAAAUAGAUAACUUCUUCUAUAAAUAAGUCUUAGCUGGAAGAGUCAGUCACCUUUAAAUCUCUCACACUCUCUUAAAUGACCCAGAGCUCAAGGGACAUGCCACAAAGUAUGCUGAGGACAAUAAAGCUUAUAUUGCAAACUUUGGCAACGCCCUAUUGAAGUUAACAGAACUAGGAAAUAAAUCAGAGGAGUUGACAAGCAUUGAACAUCUUAUUGAUUUUUCAUCAUAAACCAGAAAUAAAUUCUGA